AUGGAAGACCUAAAGUCGAAGAACGUGCUGAUCGUCGGCGCCGGCGUUGCCGGUCUAUCGACCAGUCUACACCUCGCUCGUGCCGGGGUGCCCGUCACGGUCUUGGAUUACCAACCGUACAACGUCAACGGCUACUCACCGAGCAAGGGAUGCGAUGCUGCUAGCGCGGAUGUGAACAAGAUAUUCCGGGCGUCGUAUGGCAAAGAGGUUGAAUACCAGAAGCUUGCCUUCGAAGCGCGGGAUAUCUGGGCCCAGUGGAACAAGGACCUCGCGUCCACUCCGCGUGAGAACCUGCCAGAGGCGCUGACACCUGAUAUGACCAUUUUCCAUGAAUGCGGCGUUGUGCGCAUUCCUCAUCACCCGACGGCGCCUGUCACCGAGUUCGAAAAGGAGGGCAUGCAGACCUUGAGCGAUGAACAGCGGUCUAAGCACUAUAUCCUAUCGUCUGAAGAGGACAGGAAGCGGGCAAACGGCGCGGGUCUACUCGACAAACUCGCUGUCUUCAAGUGGGAAGGCGAUGGCGUGCUCGAUAUGACUGGCGGUUAUACGGUAGCAGACAAAGCCUGCGCCUACGCACAGUAUCUCUGCACCAAGGCCGGCGUCAAGUUCGUGUUUGGCGAAGCAGGCAAGGCGGUGAACCUAGUGAAGGAGGGCGGCAAGGUCGUCGGCGUGAAGACGAUAGAUGGGCAAGUACACUCCGCCGACCUCGUCAUCCUCGCAUGCGGCGGAUGGACGCCGUCCCUGCUGCCCGAGGUCUGCGACCGGUUGGAGACCACCGCAGGCUCCGUGGUGCAAUUUCAGCUUCCGCCGAAGGUGCGUGAUUGUGCUAUGCAUGAUUUCGAGCAGCCGCGCCGACCUGGACUUACACAGGAGAAACGCCCGGAUCUCUGGGACAAAUUCUCGCCGGAGCGCUCUGUCGUCUGGACUAAGGGCUUCAACAAUGCCAAGGCGGCACCGCGGGCGAAUAUCUACGGCUUCCCUCGCACAGAGGACGGGAUCAUCAAGAUUGGCUACCGCGGGAUCAAGUUCACCAACUUCGUCGACCACCCUCUGGCUCCUGGGCUUCGCAUCAGCUACCCGAAGACGAAGUAUACCCCAGAGAAGGAGAGCAGGGUCCCCGUGAUCUCAAUCGAGGUCGUGAAGGAUACGAUCAAGGAGAUCCUCCCCGACCUCGCUGAGCACGGCAAAAUCGUCGACACACGUCUAUGCUGGUAUUGCGACUCGCUCGACAACAAUUUCCUCGUCGACUACGUGCCGCAGUACGGUGACAGUCUAGCGGUCGUCAGUGGUGGUAGUGGGCAUAUGUUCAAAUUUCUGCCGGUACUCGGCAAGCACGUACUUGACGUGCUCACGCACAAGGACACGGAGUACACCCAAAUGUGGAAGUGGCCUAUGCCAGAGAAGGAGACAAUUCCGUGGGUGGACAAGACGAACGGAUUGGAGCAGGGCGAGUUGGGCGCUGUGGUCGCGUCCGUCGAGCGUGAGGACACCGAAAAGUCGAAGAAUGGCCCCAUUCGCGUCGCUGCUGCGAACAAGGCGCAGACGCAUCUAGCGACGUCCUCUGAUGAUAAGCGCCUGCGCGUCUGGGAGGUCGAAUCGCUCAAACUACUGAGCGAGAGGGAGCUCCCAAAGAAGGCCACAAGUGUGCUCUUCACUCAGGAUGGGCAGACUAUCCUAGUCUCGGACAAGUUUGGGGACGUCUUUGCGUACCCCCUCCAUCCCCCCGUCGAAGAGCAGAAGCAAGAGCAGGAGAAGAAGCGAGAGAAGGACGGGCUCGCCUCUCACGAGAAUCCCUCAAAUGGCGACUUGGUCCUCGGCCACGUCUCCUUGCUCACGGCGUGCAUCCUCACCCACGACGAGCGCUACAUCAUCACCGCCGACCGCGAUGAACAUAUCCGCGUCAGCUGGUACCCGCAGGCAUACGAGAUCGAGUCCUUCUGUUUGGGGAAUGAAAAGUUUGUCUCCGCCUUGCACAUCCCCGCGUCCGUCCCAGAUCGCCUCAUCUCUGGUGGGGGCGACCCCGUACUACGCGUCUGGGACUGGAUGAACGGCACCAUCGUGCGCGAGAUCCCAGUCCUCGACGUGGUCGAGCCCACCAUCAAGGUCAAGUCCCUCAAGCGCAAAUGGGGCGACGACGGCGAGGGUUCCGCCCCGCGCAAGAAAAAGCGCAAGGGGAAGGGCAAAGGGAAGGACGUCGCCGAUGCAGCGGAGGACGCGGCGGAGGGUACUCCUGAACAGGCGGCUGAGGCGUCCAAGGCAGAGGAGGAAGGCAAGACGGUGCUUGUGGUGCACAAGAUUGAGACGUUGCGGGCGGGUGAGGGGCAGCCUUUGCACGUUGUCUUCAGCGCGGUUGGCUCAACUGCACUUUUCGCAUGCCCCUUCGAUGAGGAGGCAUCGGCGGGUGUACAGGCCUUUGACUUCGGCGUCCCGGUUCUCGACUUUGCGACUUUGCCCGACGAUCGCAUUCUCGUUUCGCUUGAUUUCCAGUGGGGCGACGAGGCCUCAAGAACAGGGUCGAGCGUGAAGUCCUUGCAGCUUGUCGAUGGAAAGCUCACGGAAGUCGCGGAGCAAUCACCCCUCGUCACUACCCUCAACACCACCUGCCUCAAGCCCGCCACCAACGACGCUCGCGACGCACUUGACCUUUACGGCGCCCUCGCCUCCAUGCCCAAGUUCAACAUCCCGGCGCAGGAGGACGAAGGCGAUGCGACGCCAGUUCCUGACGAGCCGAUGACGAAGCGCCAGAUGGGUCGCAUGAAGAACAAGUCAGCGGUGUUGGCGAAGAAGGCCGCUGCGUCGGGCGGGGUAGCAGGCGGCGCAGAGACAGUUGGAGGUGCGGCGAGAACGGACGAAGGUGUAGAAGGCGAGGAGGAGGAAAGGGACAGCAAGCGUGCGCGGUCGGAUGAGGGGGAGCCGGCAGGUGAGAGCAUGGAAACAUAA